UGUAAGGUUAACCAAUCAUGGAAGAGACACAAAGCGUCAGUAUUCACCCGCCAUUCUCUCGUCGCCAUCUUGAACUGUGUGUUAGCUGUUGAGCGUUCAUCAUUGUGUACUUUCACGAAUAAAUUUUGUAAUUUCGUGUUUCCCUUGCAUUCAAACAACAAACAAGUAAACCAUGGCGCGUACAAAGCAGACUGCUCGUAAAUCCACGGGAGGUAAAGCGCCCCGUAAACAGCUAGCUACCAAAGCCGCACGCAAAUCGGCGCCAAGCACUGGAGGUGUCAAGAAGCCUCAUCGUUAUCGUCCAGGAACUGUAGCCCUUCGUGAAAUUCGUCGUUACCAGAAAUCUACAGAGUUGCUGAUCCGUAAGCUGCCUUUCCAGCGACUCGUGAGAGAAAUUGCUCAGGAUUUCAAGACUGACCUUCGUUUCCAGUCUGCUGCCAUUGGCGCUCUGCAGGAAGCAAGUGAAGCAUAUCUGGUUGGUCUUUUUGAAGAUACCAACUUGUGUGCCAUCCACGCUAAACGUGUAACCAUUAUGCCUAAAGAUAUCCAGUUGGCUAGACGGAUCCGCGGAGAGCGAGCCUAAAUGAUUUAAACACGAUAAUUAUUAAUUAUAAUUCAUAAUUUAAUUACAUUUAUAUCCUCUAUUAUUAUUUUGCAUAUUAUAUUUUGUAAAAAAUAGAGUAUGGAUAUCUGAAUUAACAUACCUUCUAUGUUUUGAUUUUAUUACAUUCACAUAUUGAAAUUGUUAAUAUAGAAUCAUUUAUUAUUAAGACAGCCGCUGAACUGAUUUUUUUUAUAAUUUUUGUAUUUGUAAGGUAGACUAUGAUAGGGUAUUUGAUGCUUAGUGGGUUCUUUGUAAAUCCCUAAGUGGUUGCUACCUAUUUUUGCGUGUAAGUGUGCAAUUUUGUAUACUUGCACACUCUUCAAAAACUAAGGGAAAAUAAUACAAUUAAACAUCCGAAGCCUAAUAAAGGAAAUUUGUGUAGCAACCUUAUUCUUAAGUAUAAUGAUUUAUUAUGGUAAUUACUUUGAAAAUGUUUGAUUCAUUUGAAUUGUUUGCUUGGUAAUGAUUCUUGUGUUAAUAAAUUAAUUAAGUAGUU